AAAAAACAUGACCUCACUUUAAAUACAGCUCACCUGACUGGUACGCUACAUUACGGAUUGUCAUUUAUUUAACUUGUCUUCACCCUCAAAACACUGCCUUUUGGAUUUACCGAGAUUGUUGACUUUUCAAAAGUAAGGAUAUUACUAAAACAACAGAGCAAUGGAGUGGAGAAUUAUAUUUGCUGUUCUGUGCCUAUUUGCAGCUUCAUAUGUAACAGCUCAAAAUCAAUCGGCCAUAAAUGCAUCAGCCUCAAAUGCAACGGCCUCAAAUGCAACGGCCCUAAAUGCAACGGCUUCAAAUGCAACGGCUCCAAAUGCAACGGCUCCAAAUGCAACGGCUCCAAAUGCAACCUCUCCAAAUGCAACGGCUCCAAAUGCAACGGCCCCAAAUGCAACGGCUCCAAAUGCAACGGCUCCAAAUGCAACGGCCCCAAAUGCAACGGCCCCAAAUGCAACGGCCCCAAAUGCAACGGCUCCAAAUGCAACGGCUCCAAAUGCAACGGCCGCAAAUGCAACGGCCCCAAAUGCAACGGCCUCUGCCAAUAGCACUACUCCAGUAGAAUUGAAAUUAAGUUUCAGCAUUGCUGAUACUUUCAAGGAUGUCUACACCGACAUGAGUGCUCCAGAAACCGUAACUCUCAUAAACAGCAUUACCAGUCAGAUUGAGCCAGUUUACAAGAAGCGUUUUUCAAAGUUUCUCCGGAUGGUUAUUAAGAAAUUCAGGAGUGGCUCUAUUGUGGUAGAUUCAGCACUUCAAUUUGACAGCAAUAGCACUACUCCUAAUGCGACAGAUGUGAAGCAAGUCCUUACUGAUGCAGCUGCAAGUGGAAACCUGUCCAUCAAAAUCAGCAAUGACACCAUCAACGUUACAGCACCUGCCACACCUGCAACCCCGAAUGUAACAACCCCGAAUGUAACGGCAAAUACGACCACAAAUGGGACAUCUCCAAAUGUAACAGUCGCUGCCAAUAGCACUACUCCAGUAGAGUUGAACUUAAGUUUCAGCAUUGCUGAUACUUUCAAGGACACCUACGCCGACCUGAGUGCUCCAGAUACCGUAAAUCUCAUAAAAAGCAUUACCAGUCAGAUUGAGCCAGUUUACAAGAAGCGUUUUCCAAAGUUUCUCCGGAUGCUUAUAAAGAAAUUCAGGAGUGGCUCUAUUGUGGUAGAUUCAGCACUUCAAUUUGACAGCAAUGGCACUACUCCUAAUGUGACAGACGUGAAGCAGGUCCUUACUGAUGCAGCUGCAAGUGGAAACCUGACCAUCAAAAUCAGCAAUGACACCAUCAACGUUACAGCACCUGCCACACCUGCAACCCCAAAUGUAACAACCCCGAAUGUAACGGCAAAUACGACCACAAAUGGGACAUCUCCAAAUGUAACAGUCUCUGCCAAUAGCACUACUCCAUUAGAGUUUAACAUAAGUUUCAGCAUUGCUGACACUUUCAAGGCCGUUUACUCCGACUUGACUGCUCCAGAAACUGUAACUCUCAUAAAAAACAUCACCACACAGAUUGAGCCAGUUUACACGAAGCGUUUUCCAAAGUUUCUCCGGAUGGUUAUUAAGAAAUUCAGCAAUGGCUCUAUUUUGACAGAUGCAGCCCUUCAAUUUGACAGCAAUGGCACUAUUCCUAAUGUGACAGACGUGAAGCAAGUCCUUAUCGAUGCACUUGCAAAUGGAAACGUGACCAUCAAAAUCAACAAUGACACCAUCAACGUUACGGCACCUGCAACUGUAACACCUGUGACACCUACUAACGCCACAAAUACUACCUCAAAUACUGCACUGUUUACUUUAGUAUUCAGCAUUCUGGAAAACUUCAACGACACUUUGUCAAAUUUGACCUCAUCUGAUGCUAUAACUCUACAAUCAAAAAUCACCAAUCAGUUUGGUAAUGUUUUCAAGAAACGUCAUACAAACUAUCUGCGAAUGCUAAUUAGGAAAUUCAGUAAAGGCUCCAUUGUGACGAACAGUUCACUUGAGUUUAACAGCACUGGCGGUACAGUUGCAGCACAGCAGGUGGUUGACACAAUUAUUGAAGGAAUUAAAAAUGGAAAUUUCACCUUCACAAUCGAUCAGAAAUCCAUCAAAGUUACAGACUCGUCAGGAUUCACAGCGUCCUCCAGUUCUCGAGUGAUCACUAGUAUGCUCACAGUGCUGUUGAUGAGUCUAGCAUCACUUCUGCUGUCAGGAGUGAUCCGCCUAUAAGCACCACAUUCACAUGAAGAAUCAAAGAAAAACUAUUCCUGCAUUUAAACAUGAUUACAUGAAAACAUAUUAUGAAUGAUCAUGUCAUCUUUGAUCUUUUACACUCAUUACAUACUAUUUAGUAAGCAUUCAGAACCAACAACUUAUUGUACUUUGCGCAACACGUUAUAAGCUGUAACAGUUAUCUGAAACAGUAGUCUUAUAUUUAGAGCCAGGUGAUGUAUUUUAUGUCUGAUUAAUGACAUUUUGUUUAUAGCUCUGUUAUGUGUAUGUGUAUACUGAGUUGGAGAAAUAAUGAGGAUAGGUUUUUACAUUUACACCGACUCUGAACAUUUCUCCAUGCCACAGUAAUUGCACAAAUUAAUAUUAUAUAUAUAUAUAUAUAAUUUAGAAAUGGAAUUGUUUUGUUAUGAACAGAUUUAUUUAACCUUUGAGUAACAGAAUCUAAAACUGUUCUUAAAAAUGUUGUGUACUUAUACUGUUUUAUGAGGUUUUUCUUUAAAUAAAGGGGAAAUCUUAUCCUUAUUUUCUGUAAAUGUUUUCAACAUUUUUGUAAUUCUAGAGUUUCUAAAUUUUAUAAAAUAUGAAUGGUAACAUUAGUAAAUUCAUUAGCCAACAUUAACUAACAAUGAUAGUUUUUCAUUAUAUAUGUUAAUGCCAAUACAGUUAUUCAACGGUAUAUUGUUCAUUGUUAGUACAUGUUAGCUAAUACUUUAGUUAAUGUUAACAAAUACAACCUUAUUGUAAAGUGUUACCAUGAUAGUUUUUACAUUUUCUUUUGUGUAAAAACAGCUAAUUUAAAGUCGCCAUGACAAUAAAAUGAAAAAGUAUAA